AUGGCGAACAAGAGCAUCGACUUGAAGCAUCACUUAUCCCAAUCUGCGCUUCGACGUCAAUCCGUAUAUGAGACAAUUUCAUACUCGAGGGGAAAUGCGUCACCUAACCUAGUCAACCUCGAUAGCGGUGUUCCUGCCUCUGAAUAUUUCCCUUUCGAAACUCUUUCUUCAGAGUUCUUGAAACCCGAUACGUUCCCUCUUGACCCAAAUAUUAGUUCCGUGUCUCAGCCUAGUACUAAGGAGAAUGAUGGUUUUCUUGGGUGGCUUGCAAGCUUCUUUACUUCAUCGCUCUCGAAUAAGGAGGAUGGUGCCACACUGGAUACUCUGAAGAUUGCAAGGUAUAAACAGAGGGAGGGCGAUUUUGAGGUUUCUACUUUAAUGGGUUACAGCCCCCCAGCAGGUUUAGCUCCCCUCGAAACGUGGGUGAAGGAUUUCGUAUCCAAGGUGUAUCGUCCAGGGUACUCUGACUGGGCAACUUUGGUGGAUAUCGGUGCCGGUGAUGCAUUCGCAAAGGUAUUGGACGUAUUGGCAAGUCCAGGGGAUGGAUGUUUCGUUGAUGAAUGGAGUUAUAACCAUUCUCUCGCACGAAUGCGAUCUUUCAAAGUCACUCCGUUCCCGGUUAAGAUUGAUGCGGGUGGGUUGGACCCUGGAGAUCUGGAGACGAUUCUUCGGAAUUGGGACGAGUCGAAGAGAGGUUGUUCUAGACCAAGGCUGUUACUUCAAGUUCCUGUUGGUCAAAACCCUACAGGUAUAACGCUCUCAGCUGAACGCAAACGAGCUAUCUACGCCAUCGCUGUUCAAUACGAUCUCAUUAUUAUCGAGGAUGAUCCUUAUUAUUUUCAACAAUUUGGUGCUUACGUCCGUGAAAGUACGGAAGUUCGCGCUUUGAAGUACGCUAAAGAGAGCAAUGAUAGAGAAUGGAUUGAAUCUCUCGUUCCAAGCUUCCUAAGGUUCGAUCAUCAAGGUCGAGUCGUUCGAUUCGAUACCUUUUCAAAGACCAUCGGUCCAGGAUGUCGUCUAGGCUUCUUCACCGCAUCCCCUCUUUUCCGUAAACAUCUUAUGAUAUGUCAGAAUAAUGGAACUUUACAAGCCAGUGGACUCAGUCAGGCUCUUGUGGGUACUCUUUUGAAGGAGUGGGGGUUUGAUGGGUAUGUGCGUUGGCUUCGAGGGUUAAGGGGACGAUACAGAUUGAGAAGGGAUUGGACGAUCGACUUUUUACAUGAACGAUUCAACAUCAAGCAGUCGUCUAUUUUCGUUGCGUACAAGUACAAGAAACUUGUAGUGGAUGAGAAACAUCUUCAUGUUGUGGAUCAUCAUGAUGAGAAGGAAGAUCACGGUGGUGGAACGAACCCGCUGUUCGAAUUCGUUCCUGCUACUUCGGGUAUGUUCCUCUGGUUAAAGGUUUACUACCAUCAUCUCGUCGAAACGCGUUCCCCUUCCGAAGCACGCACCUUCCUAAGUGACCGUCUCUGGAAAGGUCUUCUCGAUUCAGGUGUCCUUUUCCGACCUGGAUUCGUCUUCCAAGGGCGGAGCGAGGAAGAAAGGGAUCAAGUUGACGAUACGUUUGCGUUUUUGAGAAUGUGUUAUGCUAUGGCUACGCAUGACGAAUUGAAGAAGGGUGUUGAAAGGUUUUCCAAGUUCAUCGUAGAGUUUUUCGACUAG